CAAUUGACCUGGACUCGCUUGCCACAAGGAUUCAAGAAUUCACCUACCCUCUUCGACGAGGCUUUACACCAGGACUUGGCCUUUUACCGAGCCUCCAACCCACAGGUAACCUUAGUGGAGUGGCUCGGGGAGUGUUGACCCAGCAAUGGGGACCUUGGAAGAGACCUGUCACCUAUUUGUCAAAAAAAUUAGACCCAGUAAGUAGCGGAUGGCCUGCCUGUUUGAGAGUAGUGGCGGCCGUGGCCCUCCUAGUUAAAGAUUCUGACAAACUGACACUGGGACAGAAACUUACUGUGGUUGCUCCGCAUGCGUUGGAGAGUGUAAUUCGGCAGCCACCCGAGAGAUGGAUGUCAAAUGCCAGAAUGACUCACUACCAAACCUUACUCCUGAAUCGUGAUUGUGUGGAGUUUGCCCCCCCUGCCAUUCUAAACCCGGCCACUCUGCUCCCCGAUUCGGGGAAGGAAGUGCUUCAUACCUGCCAGGAAAUCCUGGCUGAGGAGACAGGCACCCGCCAGGACUUGCAAGAUCAGCCCUUAGGAGGACCGGGACUCCUGACUUGGUAUACGGACAGGAGCAGUUACAUCAUGGAUGGUAAGAGAAUGGCUGGAGCUGCAGUAGUAGAUGAUGACCGGAUUAUAUGGGCCAGUGGACUCCCAGCGGGCACCUCUCCACAGCGAGCAGAACUCAUCGCCCUGACUCAGGCCCUAAGGAUGGCAGAAGUAAACGUGAGCAAAAAUCAAGCAAUAUCUGGAAAAAGACUUCGAGGAGAUCGCCCAGGAGCUUAUUGGGAAGUUGACUUCACUGAAAUUAAGCCUGCUAAGUAUGGAUAUAAGUACCUUCUAGUUUUCCUAGACACAUUUUCAGGAUGGACAGAGGCGUUCCCCACAAAAACUGAGACAGCCCAGACGGUGUCUAAAAAGAUCCUUGAAGAGAUAUUUCCCAGAUUUGGGAUCCCAAAGGUAAUCGGCUCUGACAACGGCCCUGCCUUUGUUGCCCAGGUAAGUCAGGGAUUGGCCAAGAUCCUGGGGACGGAUUGGAAAUUGCAUUGUGCAUACAGGCCCCAGAGCUCAGGACAGGUAGAAAGGAUGAACAGAACUCUAAAAGAGACCUUGACUAAAUUGUCCAUAGAGACUGGUUUAUGUGAUUGGUUGGUCCUCCUUCCCUUUGCCCUGUUUAGAGUCAGGAACACUCCCGGCUGCUUUGGACUAACGCCUUUUGAAAUAAUGUUUGGGGCCCUGGCCCCGCUUCAGUCAGCACAUCUUCAUACAUUCCCUGAGUGUGCAACUAAUAAGUUUUUGCUUGAAAGGUUACGAGCCUUGGAGGACUGUGUGCAGCUUUAAGAGAAGAAUGCUGCUUUUAUGCAGACCACUCCGGAAUAAUAAGAGAUUCAAUGUCAAAGCUUAGGGAAAGGCUAGACCAGAGAAAGAGAGAGCGAGAGGCUGGCCAGGGUCUAUUUGAGUCCUGGUUCACUAAGUCCCCAUGGCUCACAACUCUGAUAUCCACUUUAGCCGGACCCUUGCUCAUUCUUGUUCUGCUUCUUACUUUUGGUCCCUGUGUUUUGAACCGGCUAAUAUCUUUUGUUAGAGAGAGAGUAAGUGCUGUUCAAGUACUAAUGCUAAGACAACAGUAUCACUCGCUCACACAUCAAGAAGAAACAAACAUUCCAUGAUUGGAAUGCCCCAAAAAGAGAAGUGGGGAAAUGUAAGAAUGAGAAUAAGUUAGCAUAAGAGCAGCCAUCUUAAGGGCCUAGAAGCAGUUUUCUGAGGUUGUGACUUAAAAGAAAAAAACUGGAACUGGGUAAGGCCUUGGAAAACAAGUUAAUCAUGAACACCGGGAUGGGGGCAGCUGUGGCCUUCGGUCAGCUAACCUUGGUCAGUUAAUCCUACAUACCAAGCUUAUCGUGCAGAACCUCCCUAACAAUUGAGGAGUGGUCUUGUCUUGCAAAGAUAAUGUGCAGCUGUGGAAAAUUACUAAGAGUUAAGUGUUUUGAAAAUGCUAUAUAAACCGUUGGUUUUGAGUGCUCGGGGUCCUUGUUGAGACCCGCUGCGUCGGGCUAACUUGGACCCCAGCUAGCUGGUUCCUGAAUAAAUUCCUCUUGCUUGUUGCAUCAA